AUGGGGAAUUGUAUAGUAAUGGAGAAAAAAGUGAUAAAGAUAAUGAGAGAUGAUGGCAAAGUAGUUGAAUACAGAGGACCCAAGAAGGUUCAUCACAUCCUGACACAAUUCUCAAAUCACUACUCUCUCUUCGACUCCCUCUCCAACAACUGUCAUCUUCAUCCACAAUCCAAGCUUCUCUGUGGUCAUCUCUACUAUCUGAUGCCCAAGGAGAUGGCCACAAUCAAGAAGAAGAAGACGACGAUGAAGAAAGUCAGGUUUGCAAAUCCAGAGGUGGAGAAGAAAGUAGAAGAAGAAGAAGAAGAUAGAUAG